AUGAACGUAACUCUUUCUUCUCUUCGUGUAGCCAAUUAUUUAGGUUCUCCUUUCAUGAACUUUGCUAGAAUGCAAAGAUUAGAUAUCUCUAAUACCCGAUUAAAUAAAUUUUCGAACCAUUUCUUAACAAAUUUCAUUUCUCAUAAUAUAAAUGCGAAUAUUGAAACAUCCAAAUUCACAAACUUCAUGAAAUCCGUUGUUAUGUUUAACAAGGAAAACCAUGUUGGCACAAAAUUCAGUUCUACGUUCACAGGCGGCAGUGAUCAACAAGUCAGCUUCCACAAAUGCACAUUCGAGCGUUGCACUAAUUCAAACUUUGGUGGUGCUAUUAACAUCGAAGAUCCAUCAUUCCAAAUGAACAUUACCUCUUCUUCUUUCAUUUCUUGUUCAGCAGGAAAAGAUGGAGGUGCAAUCUAUACUGAAGUGAACAACUCAAGAAUUAAGAGACUCUUGUUCAAUAAAUGCCAUGCCGGAGAGUCUUGCUCAUACCAAACAUUCCUUAUUACUUUAAGAGGACAAGCUGAUGCAGAAAAUAUCCAGAUUAACGAUAACGGACAUCCCGUCGAGUCAGACUCGUUCUGUACUUUUAAUCUUAAACGUGGAAAUGUAAACGCGAAGCAAUUUAACGUUACAAAUAAUGUGGUUUACUCGUUCGGUGCAGCAUUGACAGCCACAUUAGCCAGAAAAGCCAGAUAUAACUUAAUUUACUCUAAUUUCAUUGAAAACCAUUGCCAAGAUCGUGAAUUAUUCUCAUUAUAUCAUGCAAGCUUCGAAUGCAACCUUAAAUACUGCAAUGUACUCGGAAAUGAGGGUGGAAGCCAGUCUAUCCUCUUCUCUAGCGUAGGAAAUUGUCAUUGCACAGUUUACGGAUGCGUAAUCUUGAGAAACAAAGUUGCAUCACUUGCAAUCAUUAAUGAUCUUAACCUUAUAUUAUUUGAACAUUGUGUCUGCGAUGUGGAACAAACUGGUCCAAGAACAGUUCACAAUAUUGAAGUAACAUUUAAAGCUGAAGACUUCCCAACCAUUCAGAUCUUCAAAUGA